AUGCAGCCUGACCGGCUGAUCAAAGCCCUCACCAUCACCGUACAGAUCAUCAUCAGCCUUGUCCUCUUCGCCAUCGUCCUCCCAUUCUUCAUUUUGUGGCGUGCCCCAAUAAGCCUCCUCUACUUCACCAAGAACGAAAAGCCACAAGAAAAGAACGCAGACCAAGAGAGAGAAAGGCUGCAAGGCCUGCCAGCGGACGAGGAAGAAGAAGAACCGAAACCACCCCCACCUCCAGACCUCCACGAGCGCGCCCUCGCACCCUACACAGAACGCUGGACAGCCUUCAAGGAUCUCGGCAUCAACAAACCCCUCGUAGCCCACUGGUCACGCGUAGCAUGCCUCUCCCUCCUCACGGUACAAACCACGCUCACCCUCGCCCUCCUCGAAAAGUCGCUCGUGUAUCACAUCCCCUGGUUCGUUGCACAUCUCUCAGACACAGAAUACAAGACGUUGAAGAAGAAACUCUGGCUUAAUGACCUCUUGCUGCAUGUAGCCUGGCUACUUAUGACAUGUGCGCCUGUUGUAGGUUUAUUAGGCGUGGGCCUGGGUAUUGCGUAUUACAUGUCUAAAGCGCGGGAGCUGGAAGCUUCGCCGUAUGGAUAUCCAGGGUAUAGUGAGGAUAUCCUCUUCGAGCAGCCUGGAGACACGGCGGGUGGGUAUCAAGAUCCGGUCCAGCAAACGCCGCCUGUAGUGGUCCAGCCUCCGGCACCGGCGGCAAGGUUUGAUAAGAACCCUUAUACUUUGGCUGGUAUUGCGUCGAUCUGGACUGGUCAGAAGGAGAAAAUGAAGGGUGGCUACGACGGGAGAGAUGUCAGGAAGCGAAACUUCGCUGACGAUAUUGAGAUGGCGGAGUGGGUGGGUAGGAAGUAA